CCAGAAGAAGGGCCUAAUGAUUUUUCCAGAGCUGGAGAAACUGUGAAAUCCUCAGCACUCGAAUGGAGCGUUCAGAGUGAAAGGAAAAGGCCAUUUCUUACCACUUGAAGUCAUCUAAACAGAAGUUCUCAAACCACCAAGACCAAGGAAACUUCGCAUAACAGAUGAGUGACCACCCCCUGAAGGAGAUGUCUGACAACAAUAGCAGCCCUCUCUUGCCAGAGCCUCUUUCCAGCAGAUAUAAAUUAUAUGAGUCAGAGCUAAGCAGCCCUACCUGGCCUUCAAGCUCCCAGGAUACACACCCAGCCCUUCCCCUGCUGGAAAUGCCUGAAGAAAAGGAUCUCCGAUCAUCAGACGAAGACAGCCACAUAGUGAAGAUUGAAAAACCCAAUGAAAGGAAUAAACGGAGAGAAAGCGAGGUACCCCGCCAAGCUUCUGCAGGCCGGGGAGGCUUCAGCCUCUUCCAAGCUGUGAGCUAUCUCACUGGUGACAUGAAGGAAUACAAGAACUGGCUAAAAGAUAAGCCCCUGGUUCUCCAGUUCCUAGACUGGGUCCUGCGGGGAGCAGCUCAGGUGAUGUUUGUCAACAACCCCCUUAGUGGGCUCAUCAUCUUCAUAGGGCUCCUGAUCCAGAAUCCCUGGUGGACGAUUGCUGGGGCGCUGGGGACAGUAGUCUCAACCUUGGCUGCCCUUGCCUUAAGCCAGGACAGGUCAGCCAUCGCCUCCGGACUCCAUGGCUACAAUGGGAUGCUGGUGGGACUGCUGAUGGCUGUCUUCUCGGAGAAGUUAGACUACUACUGGUGGCUUCUGUUUCCUGUGACCUUCACAUCCAUGGCCUGCCCAGUUAUUUCUAGUGCCUUGAGUACCAUCUUCACCAAGUGGGACCUGCCAGUCUUCACACUGCCCUUCAACAUGGCCUUAACACUGUACUUGGCAGCUACGGGCCACUACAACCUUUUCUUCCCCACAACGCUUGUCGAGCCUGUGUCUUCAGCUCCCAAUAUCACCUGGACAGAGAUUGAAAUGCCUUUGCUGUUACAAACCAUCCCUGUUGGGGUCGGCCAGGUGUACGGCUGUGACAACCCCUGGACAGGUGGCGUGAUCCUGGUGGCUCUGUUUAUCUCCUCCCCACUCAUCUGCUUGCACGCAGCCAUAGGGUCGAUCGUGGGGCUGCUAGCAGCCCUGACCGUGGCCACUCCCUUUGAGAAGAUCUACCUGGGCGUUUGGAGUUAUAACUGUGUCCUCUCCUGUGUCGCCAUCGGAGGCAUGUUCUAUGCACUCACCUGGCAGACACACCUGCUGGCACUUGUCUGUGCCCUGUUCUGUGCAUACAUGGGAGCGGCCCUUUCCAAUAUGAUGGCAGUGGUUGGCGUGCCACCAGGCACCUGGGCCUUCUGUCUCUCCACCCUCACCUUCCUCCUCCUGACAACCAACAACCCUGGCAUCUACAAACUCCCCCUCAGCAAAGUCACCUACCCGGAGGCCAACCGCAUCUACUUCCUGACCGUGAGACGCAGUGACGAGAAGCCCCCCAAUGGUGGCAGUGGAGAGCAGUCACAGGAAGCAGGCCAGUGGAAGGCAGAGGAGAGCUCUGAGACCGUGCUCCCCAGGCGUAGGAGUGUGUUCCACAUCGAGUGGUCAUCCAUCCGGAGGAGGAGCAAAGUGUUUGGAAAAGGUGAACACCAAGAGAGACAAACCAAAGAGCCACUUCCCUGCCUGUAUCGGAAGCCCACAGUGGAACUCUUUGGCCUGGACACCAUGGAGGAGAGCUCUGAGAUAAAGGUGGAAGCCAACACAGCCAGGACUUCCUGGAUUCAGAGCUCCAUGGUUGCUGGUGGGAAGAGAGUCAGCAAGGCCCUCAGCUACAUCACCGGGGAGAUGAAGGAGUGUGGAGAAGGACUUAAAGACAAAUCUCCAGUGUUCCAGUUUCUUGACUGGGUGCUCCGAGGGAUGUCUCAGGUGAUGUUUGUGAACAACCCUCUCAGCGGCAUCCUCAUCGUUCUUGGCCUCUUCGUGCAGAAUCCCUGGUGGGCCAUCUUGGGUUGCCUGGGCACUGUCAUGUCCACCCUGACUGCCCUAAUCCUGAGCCAGGACAAGUCAGCCAUUGCGGCGGGACUCCAUGGCUACAAUGGAGUGCUUGUGGGGCUCCUGAUGGCCGUGUUCUCAGACAAGGGCAAUUACUACUGGUGGCUGCUGCUCCCUGUCAUUGUCAUGUCUAUGACUUGCCCCAUCCUUUCCAGUGCCCUGAGCACCAUCUUCAGCAAGUGGGACCUCCCAGUCUUCACACUGCCCUUCAACAUUGCCGUGACCCUGUACCUGGCAGCCACGGGCCACCACAAUCUCUUCUUCCCCACGACGCUGUUGCAGCCUGUGACCGCCACACCCAACAUCACCUGGUCAGAUAUCCAAGUAUCUUUGCUUCUGAGAGCCAUCCCGGUUGGAAUCGGCCAAGUGUACGGCUGCGACAAUCCCUGGACUGGAGGCAUCUUCCUCAUCGCUCUGUUCAUCUCUUCGCCUCUCAUUUGUUUGCACGCUGCCAUUGGAUCCACCAUAGGGAUGUUAGCAGCACUCAGCAUCGCCACACCAUUUGACUCCAUCUACUUUGGCCUGUGUGGCUUCAACAGCACUCUGGCCUGCAUCGCCAUCGGUGGCAUGUUCUACGUCAUCACCUGGCAGACCCACCUGCUCGCCAUUGCCUGUGCCCUGUUCGCAGCCUAUCUGGGUGCCGCCCUGGCCAACAUGCUGUCUGUGUUUGGAUUACCACCCUGCACCUGGCCCUUCUGCCUCUCAGCGCUCACCUUCCUCCUCCUGACAACCAACAACCCUGCUAUCUACAAACUCCCCCUCAGCAAAGUCACCUACCCGGAGGCCAACCGCAUCUACUUCCUGUCCCAGGAGAAAAACAGAAGGGCUUCUACGAUAACGAAGUACCAGGCCUACGACGUCUCCUAA